AGAGAUCUUUCUCUUUGCAGUGUUGAGAAAGCAGAACAAGUUGCUGUACCUGAUUCUGAAGUAACAAUAUGAAACGCUGGGAUGGUAAGGUUGCAGUUAUCACCGGGGCUAAUUCCGGUAUUGGGGCUGCGAUAGUGGAAGAUCUGGUAAAUCUAGGAUUAAAGGUAGUUGGACUGGCUAGAAGAAAAGAAAAGCUUGAAGAAUUGGCUAGAACUUUGGACGGAAAAGAGGGUAAAUUUUACCCUUUCCAGGCUGAUGUUACUCAGGAAGAAUCCGUUGUAAAGGCUUUCCAGUGGGCCACUGAAAAUGUUGGUCCUGUAAGUAUUUUAGUAAACAGUGCAGGGUUGGGGAAACCCAUCAACUUGACCGAGGGUAAAAUUGAAGAUUUUCGAAAAAUUUUGGACACCAAUGUGCUUGGAAUAUGCAUUGCGACCAAAGAGGCAGUUCAAAUAAUGAAGAAAAAUAAUAUCGACGGUCAUGUUAUAAAUAUAAACAGUGUUGUAGGUCACAUGGUACCGCCGAUUGCCCAUUAUAAUGUUUACCCGGCUAGUAAAUACGCCGUUACAGCCCUAACUGAAACGUUACGUCACGAACUAAGGGAUUUGAAUACCAAAAUUAAAGUUACUAGUAUUUCACCAGGACUUGUUGAUACACCGAUUUUUGAAGUGAACGGUUAUAAUUAUGACAACGCCCCUAUUCUUAAAAUAGCCCCGAGAUUACAGGCUAAAGACGUUUCUGAUGCUGUCUUGUAUGUCUUGGGGACACCUCCGAAUGUUCAGGUGACUGAAUUGACCAUUAAACCCCUUGGUGAACUUAUCUAAAUAUCUUUUUUAUAUUCGUAAAAAUGCCUUUAUAUAUA